CGCUCGCAGCACGCGAAACUGGCUCCGGAGACGGCAGUCAGUAGUGUCGAGACGCCGCGGGGGAAGGUUGACUCGUUGUAGCUGUUUAACUUGAGUUUAUUUUACAGUUAGUUAGUGAGUUAUGUUACUUAUAUUAUAAGCAGAUCCAGAAUGUUUCAGUACGACUAUGAGAAGCGUCUCUCCUCCAGUGACCGGCGCUCCAGGCCUCUGCCCCCGCGGCCCGAGGACGCUCUGCCCGCUAAGACCAGUGUUCCUCUGAAGGUGUGGGUGAUCGCCAGCGCGUCGUGCUUCGCGGUGUGCGGGGCGCUGGUCCUCGCCACCAUCAUCAUCACCAGAUGGAGCGCCGCAGACACUUACAGCCCGCGCCAGAUGUACGAGGAGACCAGGGAACCGAUAUACGCCAAUUACUAUCCACCGGCCGCACGGACCACAACCACAACCACCACAGAGGAAACUGCGACCCAGGAACAAGAGGACGCGCAGAUUCCUAUAUUAGAGAAGCUGGCGAUAUUCAAGAACAUAGUGGCGAAUCGGGAGAAGAAGAAAGAAGAUAAGAAUUUGAUAUCGAAACAUCAGCUGCAUCCGGCCCAGGACACGUCCUUACAUCACCCAGAAAAGAAAAUAGAAAAGAAGGACCAAGCGAAGUUGCCGGAUAUUAAAAUACCAGAAUUCAAGCCGACUUUACCCGACGUGUUCAUAGAUUCCGGGAUAAAGCUCUCGGACGGAUACAUCGCCGGUCUGAAGUCCGACGUCAACUACGAAGAAUACUACAACGACGAGAACCUCUACGACGACUACAUGCAGAGCAACACCAUGACCAGCUACCUCAUAGAGAAGGUCAUGGAACUGCACGACUGGAUCACCUCCGACACGGACUUCGAAGCGGCGCAAGGGACAAAGAAUACUACCAACGAGUUCGGACGGCUCUUGAAGGCUUUGAACGAGAGUCUGGUGGAAGGGAACGUCACUAUCGUCAUGAACGAGCUGAGACACAUGUACCUCGGAGAGAACUUCACGGAGGCAGGCAGCGGCAGGAGGGUCAUCGUCAGCAACAGCACCAACCUGCUGUCCUUCGGCAUCCUCACGCUGGACGUGAUGCUGCUCCAUAACAUACAGGUCAUGGCCUGGGAGAAUCAGGAGUCUUCUCGCUCCAAGAUGUUGAAAGAUCCAGACGUGUUCGCCUUCAACGCUCUGUUCAUGGAACCGUCCAAGGUGGAGGCGAGGCGGAGCGAGGUGCUGCUCGGAGACACCCUGGGGAAACGACAAAAUCGCGUGGAUCCUGACGACUGGCAGGUCGGCCAGAACCUCCUGGAGAAUGUUCUGGAAAUGGGAAUGAGCACCGCCCGCGCCGCCAUACACCUGGGACGAGCCUUCAAAAAUACUAAGAUGGUGGUGAGUCAGCUAUCCAAUCGCGACUCAUUGAAUGCGAACAUCCAGCACCAGCUGUCUCGUAACCUGGACGCCAACACUCACGCCCUGAACCACCUGCAGAGCUCAUUCACCAGCGACGCUUCCAGCACUACGAGCUACACGGACCUGGACUGCGUGUGGUUGCUGUAUUGCAAGAACCUGGUUGCGACUUCCAAACUGAACGCGCCUUAUGGCACCAUGGCAAGGAUAAACGGUCUUGCUCUGAGGAUGCUGACGGGCGAGCUGCCCUCGGAGCGAGCCUUCGACACUCUGCUGUACGAGGUACUCUCCGGUUGGACGGACCUCCGCUGUACGGACAUGUUCCCCAGAUGUAGCAAAGUGAAUGCAGCGUCGGUGGUGUUGGAUUCAAUACUCCAACCCUUCAGGAGAUCACAGACGGCCAACAACAACAACAACAGCAACAACAACAGGAUAUAAAUAAUAUUUAAUGUGGUGGCAACACUCGCACCACGUGUCACACAACAGAAGGACUGACGAGUUGAAAUAAUAUAUAUUUGUAAUGUUUUAAGUACAAAAAGAUAAAUUUAUAGAUGAACUGGGCUAGAAUAGUCGAGAGGAAUACUCUAUAUAUAUAUAAUAGGACACGUUAAGGUAGUCGUAAGGAGUUUCCGUUCAUUUGCCAUAGACUUGCGUAUUUGUAAUAAAAAUAUAAUUAAAUAAGUUAGUCUAUGGUAAAACAGUAGCAUAAUAAUGAUAUAGACUGAUUAAUAAACAUUUAGUAAAAUCUG